CUGGGGGAAGCUCUUACAUGCCAACCAUUAUUUCUCAGAAUGCCUUCCUGCUCAGGAUAUGAGGUCCUGGAGAUAGGGCCUGCUCUCAAGACUGAGUGCUCUGAGAAGCAAAAGCCAGUUACUUCCAGGAAGUAUACAACCCGAGGGAUAGCAGUCCUGGGGAUCGUGUCGCCCUCGGUCCCUGUGCCUGGACCACGCCUGACUACCUGCCUCCCGAUGGCUUCCUCUGAGACGUGUGACGCCAGCCGAGCGGCCUCCGCGCUACGUUAUGGCAUGACGGUCAGCGGCAUGGUGCUUCUGGUAGCUGGGACACUCUGUUUUGCUUGGUGGAGUGAAGGAGAUGCAGGUGCUCAGCCUGGCCAGCCGGCCCCACCCACUGGGCACCCUGUGCCUGAGGCCCCCAGUCCCCUGCUCAGGUCAGUCAGCUUCUUCUGCUGUGGCACAGGGGGCCUGCUACUACUCUUCGGCCUGCUGUGGUCCAUCAAGGCCAGCACCCAGGGGCCUCCCCGCUGGGACCCGUAUCACCUCUCCAGAGACCUGUACUACCUCACUGUGGAGCCCUCGGAGAAGGAGAGCUACAGGCUCCCAGUGGUGGCUGCCAUCCCCACUUACGAGGAGGCCAUAUGCUGCCCACUCGCCGAGGGGCCCCCGACACCACCCGUGGACCCCAUGCAGGAAAGCCUGAAGGACAGUGCCUCUUGGGAUGCCCUGCUCGGGACCCAGCACCCCCCACAGCCGCCCAACUACGAAAGCAUCACUGGUGCCGUGCACGACAUCUCUGGAGAGACAGCUCCUGGCACGACGGGCUCCUGUCCAGGCCCGGCUCAGACUGCGGGCGGGGAAGGGUAAAGGCUCCCAGCAGACCUCAGAGCUGGGGUGAUGAGCUUCCGGUGUGCAGUGCAGGGCCUGGUACACACGAGGCACGCAACAAAUGAUUGCUGUUGAAUGCUCUUGUAUUUACCUGUUGCUGUGUAACAAACUGCUUAAAUAAAUCCGUCUUACUAUC